CGUAGAUCUGUUUGUGAGCUAAAUGAGUGCUUCUUGCGAUAAUCUGUUGUACUCCCGACUUAAUUCUCUUGGAGCGCUUCUAGACCAUUUUGCAGCAGACGCAUUCUUGCCGUUUGCGACUCCGAGUCACUCAAUAAUGAACUGGAUAGCAAGAAAUGCACCAAUUGGUGAUGAAUUAUUGCCAGUUGAAUUGAGUUAUUGGUUGUCUUCUUCCGAUCAGACAGGAGAGGAGCCAUCAACUUCUUCUAUGAUGGGCGUGAGUCCUUUGGAGUUAGAUGGGGCUCCGUUCCCUACCUUUGAGGAACUUCAGUUGAUUAACGAAGGUGCAUCAGUCGCGAUUUCUUCCGGCGCGCAUCAGAUGAAUGAUCACGGAGUAUCCAAGUUGCAUGUUGAAAAUGAAACAGCUACGACUUCUUCCGGCGAUAAUCAGAUGUUGAUUCAGGAACCGUCCGAGUUGCCCGUUGGAUAUGUAACAGCCACGACUUAUGUAGGCAAUAGGUCGUCCUGCUUGCCGCUCGUCCAUGGAGUUCCUUGUUCCAACGGUGGUAGGUUGAAGAGACCCGAUGUUGGACGGUUACAAGUUGAAGGCAAUCGAAGGCAAAAAGACAUCAUUCUUCCGAAUCAGCCCCUCAAUCGGUCGCAGUCUUUUUACGCGAAUAGAAGGAAGAUAGACGCUGAGGAAGCUGGCUCCAAGGGAAUGGGCACAGCUGCGGUAUCUUGUGAAAGGAGACAGCGAUCUAGAAAUUGGAGUAAUGAGGAGAAGGACUCUUUCUUAAUUGAGAUGGAAAAUGCGGUUGGCAAAUGUAAUGGCAAGGUCUGGGAUUCUAUUUCUAAAGCUCUGUUGGAUGGAUACAAGUUCGAGAGGAGCGCCAAAAGUUGCGAGGACCUAUGGGGUACUCUAAGGAAAGAGUUCAAAGCAAGUAAGUUUUCCCAGGUAUUCCCUGAGAGGUGGUAUGAGACGAUGGAAAGGAUUCUUGCUGCGCAGGAGAAGAAGAAGCGAUCCAAAGCGAAGGAAAAACAACCUGGAUCGAAGAGCAGAGGAAUGGUUGUACAGGAAUCUCGUGGAGAUGAAGGCGAUAACGAAUGGUGUGAAAGUCGCGUGCGCCAGGGAUCGCGUGCGCUUGACAUCCAUCCGGAGCACAUAGGCAGCAGAGGGCCAAUGUCUAAAUUUAAGAAGCCUUGGUGUCAGCAGGAUGGUGAAGAAGCAAGAAAUGAUGCAGUCGAUCGUAUCAAAGAUGUAAUUGAACGCAUAUUUCAACAUCCAGACCACAGAAGGACGCCCGAUUCCAUAACUAAGAAGGAUUGCUUUAUGGCUGUGUUAUCUCCGCUUUUAAAGCAAAUGGAGCAGCAAGCAGCAAACGAGGAUCACCUAAUCAGCGAAAUAGUUCCUGUCAUCAAGGACCUCAUUAGAGAGGAACUUCAGCUCUUACUUCGGCCUGCGGUGUCUGCUUUGCUUGACGUGGAGCAAAACGAGCAGGAUUUUCAAGCGAAACUCCGAGCCAUUGAAGAUGAACGACGGGCCCUUGACCUUAAGGAGGCACAGAUUAAACGCCAGCGUGUUGGCCGACUUUAGCGCCGUCCGAGCCUCAGGACUAUUUCUUACAAGCACUAAGAACUUCCUGAGAAGAAGUCCUAAGCAGAGAGGCCAUACAUCCCACCUUAGAAAGGAUGUGAUCAAAGGCUUCCUUGCACUUGAAUACACGUGUAAAUGACUUUCAAUUCCUGCAGAAAUUACAAAACAUCACCUCUAUUUAGUCUAGUAAAAAAGGGAAAUUACAAACACUAAAUUGCCCUCACAAUACACCCUCAAUAUAGGAUGACCAGUGGAAACCUGUGCUGUGUGGUUGGAAACCCUGUGAUAAAGCACAAAAAGGAUGUAAAUAUACUUGUAUAAUAUAUUUGUGGUUGUUGAGUCACAUGUUAGUAA